AUGGAGGAGGCCCCUUUGACUUUGGCGCACUCGCAUGCGCGCAAGGCGGCCGUCGAAACGUCAAAGUCACACCUCGCCGUCGCUGCUACCGAGCACCUUGCUGCCGCUGAACAAUACGCCAAAGCACAGCCCUCGACAUCCGAUCCCGAAGCACUACGCAUGCUCAAGCUUCUAGAAGAACAUCACCGCCAACUGGCUCAUAUCAUCCAGUCGAAACACACCAUCGCAAAAGCUGUACAAGACGCCCACCACGUCGACUCUGCUGAACCAGAUACCUCUGUACCCAUCGCUUCACCGCCCGUCGCCCCUUCAUCCGGCCCCCCUCCACCUGUCGCCAGGAUACAUCCGUCACGUCGCGAGUCCUCACCUGCGCUUGCCAAAGAUAUAGCCACACGCAGAGGCAUCCCGCAACAGCCCUCUCUACUUAACCCUCGCAAACCUGCCCCAUCCACAUCCACCACCCCUACUGCAGCUUCUGUCGACCGUCGCGUCCCUUCAACGACUGUCAGCUCUGCCACCUCGACUCAGUUAAAAGACCAAGACGACGGUUUCUCCCGCUUCUAUUCCAAUUGGACCACUGGGCCUUUAUCUCGCUUAUCCUCCAUGCUUGCUUUCACUGCUCUCCCUCUGUCCGACACAACUGAGCCAGACUCGCCAACCUCAUCACGGCACCAGAAGACAAGUGCGAGGGCCUCGAAUGAUCCUGAUGUCAAGAAUCUAAUAUCGCCAGCUGCCUUGAAUGCCCUGCAACAGCACGGUCAUAUUGGGCCUGGCGAAAGUUUCUAUGUCAUACCAACGAGCGGCGGCACUGCGUCUUAUGCGAAUAUUGUCACACGCGAGCAGCGUUAUGCCCGUCGCCAACACCUCUCCAACAUCAGCGAAGAUGACCCUGCCGAAUUUGUCGAUGCCCAAGAGACUCAACCUACGAAACAACCAAAUCGCGGCCUAAUCUCCGAACGCGAAGAAGAGUUACAACUACAGAAUGACACGCUCAAGCAAGCACUGGACCAUGUAAGCCAUCGAUUGCAGGCAUUUGAGUCACACGCUCAGGAUGCCUCGAUGGCUGCAUUGACACACAGCGUCGCCAGCGUACGAACGACUCACUCGGCUGUUCCUUCCAACACUUCUAGACAAUCAGAUGAUGAGCUGCAAGCUGCCUUGAAAGAGAUCAAGAGACUCGAACAUGACAAUGCCAAGUUCAGAGCAUACUACUCCAAGCUGAAGGAUAGUGCCAAAGCAAGAAGGGCCGAGUCUAAGGGUUGA